AUGGCUGAGGCCGACGGCGAGGACGAUGUCCAGUUCCUGCGGACGGUGACCAUGGCUGAGGCCGACGGCGAGGACGAUGUCCAGUUCCUGCGGACGGAGGACGAGGUGGUCCUGCAGUGCACCAGCACCCUGCUGAAGGAGCAGCUGAAGCUCUGCCUGGCGGCCGAGGGCUUCGGCAGCCGCCUCUGCUCCCUGGAGCCCACCUCCAACGCCCAGUCGUCGCAGGGCGGGGGGCACCGGACGCUGCUCUACGGCCACGCCAUCCUCCUGCGGCACUCCCACAGCGGCAUGGGCGGCGAGGCGUGCUGGUGGACCAUGCACCCCGCGUCCAAGCAGCGCUCGGAGGGUGAGAAGGUGCGGGUGGGCGACGACCUGAUCCUCGUCAGCGUCUCCUCCGAGCGCUACCUGCACCUCUCGACGGCGAGCGGGGAGCUGCAGGCGGACGCCUCCUUCAUGCAAACCCUCUGGAACAUGAACCCCAUCUGCUCCGGCUCCGAGGAAGGUGGGCGCUGCGGGGGGACCCCGGGCAGCGUGGUGAACUACGAGGGAGGAGGCGUCUGCACCCACGCCAGGUCCCUCUGGCGCCUGGAGCCCCUGCGCAUCAGCUGGAGCGGGAGCCACCUGAAGUGGGGCCAGCCCUUCCGCCUGCGGCACGUCACCACGGGCCGCUACCUGGCGCUGACGGAGGACAAGGGCCUGGCCGUGGUGGAGGUGCCCCCCGCCACCCCCCGCGCCUCCGCCUUCUGCUUCCGCGCCUCCAAGGAGAAGCUGGAGGUGGUGGCCAAGCGGGACGUGGAGGGGAUGGGGACCCCCGAGAUCAAGUACGGGGAGUCCCUCUGCUUCGUGCAGCACGUGGCCAGCGGGCUCUGGCUCACCUACGCCGCCGCCGACACCAAGGCCAUGCGCCUCGGGGUGCUCAAGAGGAAGGUGAGGGGCUCGGGGGCCGGGGUCUUUGGGGCUUCGCUGAUCCGGGGGAACCGCGCCAACUGCGCCCUCUUCUCCACCAACCUGGACUGGCUGGUCAGCAAGCUGGACCGGCUGGAGGCAUCCUCGGGCAUCCUGGAGGUGCUGUACUGCGUCCUCAUCGAGAGCCCUGAGGUCCUCAACAUCAUCCAGGAGAACCACAUCAAAUCCAUCAUUUCCCUCCUGGACAAGCACGGCCGCAACCACAAGGUGCUGGAUGUGCUCUGCUCCCUCUGCGUCUGCAACGCCGUGGCCGUCCGCUCCAACCAGAACCUCAUCACCGAGAACCUCCUGCCCCGGCGGGACCUGCUGCUCCAGACUGGGCUGGUCAACUACGUCACCAGGUGGAUCGUGCUGCCCCCCCACCUGGAGCGCAUCCGGGAGAAGCUGGCGGAGAACAUCCACGAGCUCUGGGCCCUGACCCGCAUCGAGCAGGGCUGGACCUACGGCCCCAUCCGGGACGACAACCAGCGGCUGCACCCCUGCCUGCUGAGCUUCCACAGCCUGCCCGAGCCCGAGCGCAGCUACAACCUCCAGAUGUCGGGGGAGACCCUCAAGUGA